UGAGUGAUGCUCUCAGGGCUUCUUCCGCCUUGGGUUCUUUCGCUUUGGCCGUCCCGAGCGCGGGCCCCCUUCUUUUUGCUCACUCUCUGUCUACUCCUUCCACUUCUGGGUUGUGUUUCCCUUGUCCUUGCGUCCGCAUGUCGUCGGGACGCUAUCGUGGACGCCUCACACAGGAGUGCUGUUCCAGCGAAGACCCCGCUGGUGGCUUUGCAACCCUGCCACCAUGAACGGGGUCGUAAUCCCCCAAACGCCUAUUGCUGUGGACUUUUGGAGCCUGCGCCGCGCCACUACCGCGCGGCUCUUCUUCUUAUCCCACAUGCACUCCGACCACACGGUGGGCCUGUCUAGCACUUGGGCACGGCCCCUCUACUGCUCCCCAAUCACUGCCCACCUCCUGCAUCGUCACCGACAGGUGUCUAAGCAGUGGAUCCGAGCUCUGGAGAUUGGUGAGAGCCAUGUAUUGCCUCUAGACGAAAUUGGGCAUGAAACCAUGACUGUAACCCUUAUAGAUGCCAAUCACUGCCCCGGUUCUGUCAUGUUUCUCUUUGAAGGAUACUUUGGAACAAUUCUCUACACAGGUGAUUUUCGAUUUACACCAUCCAUGCUGAAGGAGCCUGCCCUGAUCCUGGGGAAACAGAUCCAUACUUUAUAUCUAGACAACACCAAUUGCAAUCCAGCCCUGGUUCUUCCUUCCCGACAAGAAGCUACUCAGCAGAUUGUCCAGCUCAUUCGACGGUUCCCACAGCAUUACAUAAAGAUUGGACUCCACAGCAUAGGAAAGGAAGAGCUGCUAGAGCAACUAGCCCUUGAGUUUCGGACCUGGGUGGUGUUGAGUCCUCAACGCCUGGAGGUGGUGCAGCUGCUGGGCCUCGCAGAUGUGUUCACAGUCGAGGAAAAAGCUGGGCGCAUCCAUGCUGUAGACCGUAUGGAGAUCUGCCAUUCUGCCAUGCUUCGGUGGAACCAGACUCACCCUACCAUUGCUAUUCUCCCCACAAGCCGGAAGAUACGAAGCCCUCACCCAGACAUCCACACCAUCCCUUACUCUGACCAUUCAUCUUACUCGGAGCUUCGGGCUUUUGUUGCAGCUCUGAGGCCUUGCCGGGUGGUGCCCAUUGUUCGCCAACAGCCUUGUGGAGAGUUCUUUCAGGACAGCUUGAGCCCCCGGCUCUCUCUACCCCUGAUUCCACACUCUGUGCAGCAGUACAUGUGUCCCUCCUCUAGGGAAACAAGAGUGCUUUGGCAGUUAGAAAGGAGACUAAAGAGGCCAAGAAUCCAGGGUGUUGUGUUUGAAUCCCCUGAGGAAAAAGCUGAGCAGGCUAAAGUUGACAGAGACUCAAAGAAGCACAAGAAAGAAAACCUCUCUCCCUGGCCUGGGGACCUUGCGAAGCUCUGCCCCCAUCCUCUGCAGGCCAAGAAGCAGUUGUUUCCAGACUUCUGCAGGAAAGAAUGUGAUGAGCCGAUCCUUUUUCGUGACUCCGAGAAGAUGGCGACUGUGUUGCCUGCCCCCUUGGAAUUUUCAAUGCAAUUACAGCCUGUAGAUGAGUUUCUCUCUCCAGAAACCAGGGAGGAAAUUGACUUAGGGUCUCCCGUGAUGCCUAGGGGAGGCCAUGGCUCACCAGCUAGAGGGAACCAAAGUGACUGGGUAGGCCAUGAUUCUCCCUUGUUUCACAUUAGCAAAGACACUCAUCUAGCUACUGAGUCCAGGGACCUGGCAUUAAAAUACCUUCUUACUCCAGUGAGUUUCUUCCAAGCAGGCUUCUCUUCCAGGAACUUUGACCAGCAAGUGGAAAAAUACCAGGAGAGUACAGUAUAACAAUCCUGUUGGGUCAGCACUGCAGUUUUGAAAACAGUGGGUGAUGGCUAGUGGCAAAAGUUUGUUUAGUGUCUUCUGUUACAGAGUCCUGUGGCUCACACUGGAGUAGCUCUUCUGAAGCUUGUUUAUGGAGUUCUGGUGCCUAUGAAACCCUUAGCUUUAUAGCUGACUAUUAUUAUUUUUAUUAGUUUUGUUAUAUUUAACAAAACUUUUCAUUAUAAACUAUUCAGUGUUCAUAAGCCCAUUAAAAGUUCUUAGAAGUCCUUUAGCAACUUAAUCUGUUCAACUUGGUUUAACCCAGUUUUUCUUAAACUUUUAUCAAUAUGCACUUUUUUUUUUUUUAGUGGAAAAAGUAGAAUCUGACUCAAAAAAGAACCAGGUUUGUCCCAUGUGUCUUAUUCCUUAAGUCCCCUUCAUUCUCUUCUUAGAUAAAAAGUCCUUAGUUUAUUUAUUUUCAAAUUAUAAAUCAUGGUGCUGGGGGAUAAAGUGGUAUCCCAGGCUUUAUGUUCUAAUCCUGAAUGUCACUGACUUGCUGUGACCCUGUCCAGGUAACUUCCUGUCUCUGCCUCAGGGAGGGAACAGGAAACCAUAAAGAGGCCUUGAAACUAUUGAGAAAAUAACCCUUUCCUCCUUCAUGAAAGGGGCCAGUAACAGUCAUGAGAGAUCCAUCUGGAACAAAGCCAUUUGAGGGUUAGGGACCCUGCAACCAAGUUGGUGCAUGCAAUAAGCUGAACAUUAAGGCUUAGAAUAUGUCCGAGCUACUGGAUGCUUGGAGACAUUACUUUGUUAAAAUAAAGCUAUAAAAGAGAAA